UAGCCGCAUAACGUCCAGGUCCAAUGUAUUCCAAAGAAUCCAAACAAACUGCCAAAUGCGUUAACAGGAGGAUUAUUACAGCAUCAUUACCCAAAAUCUCACUCAUCAGAGUCAAUCAAACCUUAACUUCGUCUCCACAAAUUCUCAUCCAUGGGAGAAGUUGACCCAGCUUUCAUCCAAGCCCUCGAGCACCGCCCGAAGCCCUACUCCAUCUCCGCCGAGACAAUCCCAAUAAUCGAUCUCACCCCUCUACAGCAACUCCCGCCGAGCGCCCCGUCAGGUUUAGUAUCAGAAAUAGGCGAGGCCUGCCGGGACUGGGGGUUUUUCCAGGCGAUAAAUCACGGGGUGCCCUCGAAAUGCCGUCGGGAGAUCGAAUCAGCGUCCCGGAAAUUCUUCGCGCUGCCGAAAGAGGAGAAGCGGAAGGUGGGGAGGGAUGAGGAAAACCCCUUCGGGUAUUACGACGGUGAGCACACGAAGAACGUCCGGGACUGGAAGGAAGUGUUUGAUUUUGCUGUCUUAGAUCCGGUUGUCUUUCCGGCUUCGCACGAUCCUGAUGAUGUUGAGGUGAAGGAAUUGUUCAAUAAGUGGCCUGAGAGCCUGCCUGAAUUGAGGGAGGCCUGUGAAGAGCACAUUAAAGCAAUGGAAAAACUAGCUUUCAAGCUACUAGAACUCAUAUGCUUGAGCUUGGGCUUGUCGAAAGAUCGUCUAAACGGCUUCUUCAACGACCAAACGAGCAGGGUUAGGCUCAACUACUAUCCGCCUUGCCCUGCUCCUCAUCUUACUCUUGGAGUCGGUAGACACAAGGACACCGGCGUCUUGACCAUCCUUGCUCAGGAUGAUGAUGUUGCCGGACUUGAAGUGAAGAGGAAGACAGACGGCGAAUGGAUCCUCGUCAAACCUAGCCCAGAUGCUUAUAUCAUCAAUGUUGGUGAUAUAAUUCAGGUAUGGAGCAACGACAAGUACGAGAGCGUGGAACACAGAGUGGUGGUGAACUCGGACAAGGAAAGGUUUUCGAUUCCUUAUUUCCUGUAUCCAUCGCACUACACAUGGGUGGAGCCUCUGGAGGAGCUGGUGAAGGAGCAAAACCCCGCCAGAUUCAAGAGGUAUAACUGGGGAAAGUUCCGGGCUACUCGAAACCGAGGUAACUUGAGGAAACUUGACGUUGAAAACAUUCAGAUCUCGCAUUUUAGGAUUUGAAGGAAAUGUUUACCAUUUAUCGUCAGACAUCAUGAGCCGAGUUACGUCUUCAAUGAGCAUGCAGUAUUGCGCUGUAUAUGAAACAAAUUCUCAGGAAAGGGAACAAUAGCCUGAAUUUUUAAUUAAUUUUUGUUUCUGUUUGAUGCCUUUAUUAGUGAAA